AUGCUGAUUCCCCCGCUUGCCCGCGCUGCCAGACGGCCGGGCCUCGACGCCCUCUCGCUCUCGCGCCCGCACCCUCUCCGCCCGCUGUACUCGCUCCACCACGCCACGCGCGUCUUCACCUCGUCGCCGCUCCACCGCAAGGACGUCCACGGCCAGCGGCCUGCAGCUGUCCUCGCCAAGGACAAGCUCGCCGGCGAUGCCGCCAAAGCCAAAGCGGCCAGGGCAGACCCGCUGCUGCAGGAGCAGGUGCUCACCAACAAGGCCCAGCGUAAGGCCGACUGGGCCAUCAUCACGGAGAUGUCGCGCUACCUGUGGCCCAAGGACAACAUGGGCACCCGCUUCAGGGUCGGCUUGAGCGUCGGCCUGCUGCUCGGCGCCAAAGUGCUCAACGUCCAGGUCCCCUUCUACUUCAAGAACAUCGUCGACGCCAUGAACAUCGACUUUGUGGCCGUGGGCGGCACCGCCGGCACCGUGGCAGGCUCCAUGAUCCUCGCAUAUGGCAUGACGCGCAUCGGCGCCACCGUCUUCCAGGAGCUUCGCAAUGCCAUCUUCGCGAGCGUCGCACAAAAGGCCAUCCGCAAGGUUGCCUGCAGCGUCUACGAGCAUCUGUUGCGCCUUGACCUCAGCUUCCAUCUGGCGAGGCAAACGGGAGGCUUGACGCGGGCCAUCGAUCGCGGAACAAAGGGCAUCAGCUUUCUCCUGACGUCCAUGGUCUUCCACAUCUUUCCCACCGCCUUUGAAAUCUCCCUCGUGUGCGGCAUUUUGACGUACCAAUAUGGCUGGCAGUUCGCCGCCAUCACCAGCGCCACCAUGGCUGCCUACACAGCCUUUACCAUCUUGACCACCUCCUGGCGAACAAAGUUCAGGAAGCAGGCCAACGCCGCCGACAACAAAGCAGCCACGACGGCCGUAGACUCUCUGAUCAACUACGAAGCAGUCAAAUAUUUCAACAAUGAAAAGUACGAAGUCGGCCGGUACAACCAAUCCCUGCAAGCCUACGAAAAAGCCUCCAUCAAAGUCGCUACAUCGCUUGCCUUUCUCAACUCCGGCCAGAACAUCAUCUUCUCUUCUGCUUUGACUGCCAUGAUGUACCUCGCAUGUAACGGCGUCGCAACCGGCCAGUUGACUGUCGGCGAUCUCGUCUUUGUGAACCAGCUUGUUUUCCAGCUGUCUGUACCUCUGAACUUCCUUGGUUCCGUCUACCGCGAGCUGCGUCAGAGUCUGCUAGACAUGGAAACACUUUUCAACCUCCAAAAGGUCAACGUCAACGUCAAAGACAAGCCGGACACAAAGGCCCUCGUCCUCACCAAAGGCGAAAUCAAGUUCGAAAAUGUAUCUUUUGGCUAUCGUCCCGACCGACCCAUCAUCAAACAUCUCAACCUGACCAUUCCCGCUGGUAAAAAAGUAGCCAUUGUAGGCCCCAGUGGAUGCGGGAAAUCGACCAUACUGCGCUUGCUUUUCCGCUUCUAUGACGCGCAGGAGGGUCGCAUCUUGAUUGAUGGUCAGGACAUUCGCGACGUUUCUCUUGACAGCCUGAGAAAAGCUAUCGGAGUUGUGCCCCAGGACACACCACUUUUCAACAACACCAUCGAACACAACAUCCGCUAUGGAAACUUGGACGCGAGCCCAGAGAAGGUCGUCGAAGCUGCCAAACGUGCACGUUUGCAUGAUAGCAUCAGUCAAUUCCCAGAUGGAUAUGGUACCAUGGUCGGUGAGCGGGGAAUGAUGAUCUCAGGAGGCGAGAAGCAGCGACUUGCCGUUUCCAGACUUAUUCUGAAAGAUCCUCCGCUUCUCUUCUUUGACGAAGCGACAUCUGCACUGGAUACUCACACAGAAUCCGCUCUACUCUCACACAUCAACUCCCUUGUCAGAGAAAAGAAGCGCACUUCCGUCUUCGUUGCCCACCGAUUGCGCACAAUCUAUGACUCCGACUUAAUCAUUGUACUCAAGGAAGGAGGGGUGGCGGAGAGCGGGACACAUCAAGAGCUUGUCGACCGUGCAGGGCUUUAUAGUGAGCUAUGGAGUGUGCAGGAGACCAUGUUUGUUGAUCCUAAGGAGGAGGUGGUAGACGGGGCUACAAAGCAGAAGUAG